AUGGCCGGCGGGGAACAGCGCGGCGCCGGGCGGGUGGCGCUGAAGAAGGAGAUCGGGCUGCUCAGUGCCUGUGCCAUCAUCAUCGGUAACAUCAUUGGCUCGGGGAUCUUUAUUUCACCCAAAGGGGUCCUGGAGCACACUGGCUCAGUGGGACUGGCCCUCAUUAUCUGGGUGCUGGGCGGCGGGGUGGCUGCCCUCGGCUCGCUCUGUUACGCUGAGCUGGGAGUCACCAUCCCCAAAUCCGGAGGGGACUAUUCCUACGUCAUGGAGAUUUUUGGUGGGCUAGCAGGGUUUCUGCUGCUGUGGAGCGCAGUGCUCAUCAUGUACCCGACCAGCCUGGCCGUCAUUGCACUGACCUUCUCCAAUUACGUCCUGCAGCCUGUCUUCCCUAACUGUAUCCCCCCCUACAAUGCCUCAAGGAUUCUCUCCAUGGUGUGUUUACUCCUCCUGACCUGGGUGAACAGCUCCAGCGUUCGAUGGGCAACACGAAUUCAGGAUAUAUUCACAGCAGGAAAGCUCUUAGCCCUGGCCCUUAUCAUUAUUGUGGGCUUCAUACAGAUCUUUAAAGGAAACUAUGAAGAGCUGACACCAAGUAAUGCAUUCAACUUUUGGAUGACUCCAUCUGUGGGGCAUUUAGCCUUAGCUUUUCUUCAAGGGUCCUUCGCAUUCAGUGGCUGGAACUUCUUGAACUAUGUAACAGAAGAACUGGUUGAUCCCUGCAGGAACCUACCUCGUGCCAUAUUCAUAUCCAUCCCAUUGGUGACAUUUGUGUAUACGUUCACCAACAUUGCAUAUUUCACUGCCAUGUCACCCCAAGAGCUCUUGUCCUCCAACGCUGUGGCGGUAACAUUUGGUGAAAAGUUACUGGGCUAUUUUUCCUGGGUUAUGCCAGUCUCAGUGGCCCUAUCUACAUUUGGAGGAAUAAAUGGAUACCUUUUUACCUCAUCCAGGCUGUGUUUCUCCGGUGCCCGAGAAGGCCACUUGCCCAGCCUGCUUGCCAUGAUCCACGUCAAGCGCUGCACGCCCAUCCCUGCCCUGCUGGUCUGCUGUUUGGCCACUCUUGUCAUCAUGCUGGUUGGGGACACCUACACGCUCAUCAACUACGUGUCAUUCAUUAACUACCUCUGCUACGGAGUCACCAUCAUAGGCCUGAUCGUGCUGCGCUGGAGGAAACCCAGACUCUACAGACCCAUCAAGGUGAACCUCCUCAUCCCCAUCACUUACCUGGCAUUCUGGGCAUUUCUGCUGAUCUUCAGCUUGUACUCCGAGCCGAUCGUCUGCGGAGUUGGACUCAUUAUCAUUCUGACUGGAGUGCCAGUGUUCUUCCUUGGAGUCUACUGGAGAAAUAAACCAAAGUGUGUAAAUAGGCUAAUAGAGUCCAUCACCUGCUGGGGCCAGAAGCUGUGUUUUGUGGUCUACCCCCACAGGGGAGUCGCCGAGGAGCAGGCAUCCUCAGCCUGCUCACGGGGCCCAGCCAGCCAGGGGGCAUGGAAAUAG